UGGGUGUGUGAGAGGCAGCAGGAAGAGGAGGUCAAAUUCCCUGCGAGAGUUUGAACAACGUGAGACUGUCUUCUGGAAAAGGUUCACAGGUAGACAGUUGUGCUGGAGCAACAAUAGACAAUAUAGUUUGCAAUGCAGCAAUUAUAGUUUGUAUUCAAAAAUAAGCGAGGCGGCGUUGGGGUGUACUUUGUCUGUGUCGCGCUCGUUGGCUGUUAACAGAGAUAACGUUAGCUAAUGCUAACAAUUCAUGUCGCGUGUUCGCAGACAUCUCCAUAACUUACAUCAGAACCAGAGUAAAAUUAUGACUUUUGCUUGCCAAAAGUUAGUGUUAUUAUCUGUUUAGAUGUAAUGUGUGAUUCAUUUCCGCGGAGCAUUAGCUUAGCUGCGAGGUGCAUUAGCUAGCCACUGCCUCUUGCAUUUAUUUUGUCUUUGAGAACUCGUGUCACGGUCACAGCUGUCAUGUUUCACUCCGCGUCCCGUCGUCCGAUCUGCGAGAUCGGUGUAAACACAAUGAGGCUUCAGAGCUGCAAGUCGUUCAGGCAGACUGUCGAGGAGGGCAGAGGAAAACUCGAGAGGGUCCCGUGGCUGGGCAGGAACGUGGGCCUGCUGCUCUCCUGGCUCCAGAAAGCAGGUGCCAGUGAGGCCGCGGGAUCCGGCCAUAAGAAGAAGGACUUACUCUCCAUAUUUGCCGACCACUGCAGCUUUGUGACUGGACAGAGGCUCCGACGUGCUUGUCAGAUCCGCGAGCUUUACUCAAACCUGUACUCCGAGCGCACCAGGUGGAACCUGGUUGGGAACAUAUGGCGCAGAUUUCAAAGCAAGCACGCCCCCACGGGGAAACUUGUCGCGGCCCUGGCUGGUGUCUUCAUGUGGGAGAAUGAGAAGAUUCAAGAUGAGGAAAUUCACAGGUGUGGACUUGAACUACAGGCCCUGGAGGCUGUAAAAUGCCUAAGCACAUCCUUGGGGGCUGUGGCGGGACAACAGGAUUCUGUGUGGGAAGCUGUGGUGGAGAGGAAAGACUUCAGAGUGUGGAAGCGGCCUAUUCCCAGCAGUCACCUCUAUGAAUACAGAGUGUUGGGCUCCUACACCGAUGUCACACCAAGACAGUUCUUCAACGUACAGUUGGAUACAGAGUACAGAAAGAAGUGGGAUUCUCUGGUUAUCAAGCUUGAAGUGGUGGACAGAGAUGUCAGUACUGGCUCUGAAGUUGUGCACUGGGCUACACACUUCCCUUAUCCCAUGUACUCAAGGGACUAUGUGUAUGUGCGCCGCUAUGAUGUUGAUGUCGACAAAAACCUGAUGGUCUUGAUAUCCAGAGCCGUGCAGCAUCCCAGAGUCCCAGAGACUCAGGAAUUUGUGAGAGUUCAUUCAUACCAGUCAAAGAUGGUCAUUCGCCCUCACAAGUCCUUUGAUGAGAAUGGGUUUGAUUACCUGCUGACCUACAGUGAUGACCCUCAGACUGUCUUUCCCCGUUACUGUGUGAGCUGGAUGGUGUCAAGUGGCAUGCCUGACUUUCUGGAGAAGCUACAUACUGCUGCCUUGAGGGCCAAGAACUUGGAAGUGGGGAUCCAUGACUACGCGAGUGUCAUUAAAUCCAGUGACACCAACCGCCAGCCAAGCCAGGAGCGCCUCAGCGGAGAAACCACACGCACAGGUGGUCCAGGACAGAUCUACGCUUGAGAUGGAUAUUUUGUAGAUCAGGGGGUUACAUUGGCGUGUUUUACUUACACUUGAACCCAUAUCAAACCCUCCAACACCAACUAUUUGGGUGCGUUGUGUGAACUGCAUAUGAAAGUUGCAACCUACAGUAAAGAGAAAUAUCCUGAAAGUCCAUCCACAGACAUGGUUAUAUAGGUUGUAGAUGAGUUGUUACAAGAGUACUGUAUUGGUGACAGCAUUACUGUCCUCGGAGCAAAUGUAGCCAUGGCAAUUGUCAUCCAGACUGCUGGCAUUGGCACAAUUUUUACUUAGCCAACCAAUGUCACAUGGCAUUUUUUGCCUCCUUUGGUAAAGAUGUAUGUCUUGCAACUAUUGGUAUGAUCGAGCCAAAAUUCCUAAUUGUAGAAAUGCUUUUUGCCAAAGCACGUUUUUUCUCAGUUUAAUGUUCUAUGGUUUGUCCUCCAUUGUUUGACAAGGCUUGACUUUGAAGGCUGUUCAGACCGGCAGCAGCCACAUCACUAGUUAGUGUCUGUGGUAUGAUCUCAGCAAGAGGUCAUACAAAUGAUUGCACAGUAUUUGAACAUAGAACAGUCACUGUAACACAAAACUAUGGCCAAGAUUUCUGUACUGACAGAUGAAGGCCUGCACUGAGGCCUCUGCGGGAAAUACUUCCUAACAUGUUUCUUCAUUUCAUGGACUUAAAGCAACUGGUUUCCUGUUUGCUUGCAACACGAGCAUUUGCUCUUCAUAUGACUGGAUAAGUUUGAUUAAAAAAAAAAAAAAAAAACUACUAAAAUGAUGCCGUUAUUGGAACAAUUGUCCAUAGAGUUGAAAAUGUAAAAUCUGGAGUUUUUGUUUUUUGUUUGUUUGUUUUUUUUGUGUGUUUUGGGGGUGGCAUUGGUUUCCUGUCAGCACAGUUGAGCUUUCACACUCUCUGCUUCACCAUGUCCGCGUGACUGUUCAAAACUGCCAGCGUUGACAAAACAGCCUUUUGAAGAUAAGCCGGUCCUUCAGCAUUAGGGGCAUAGUGUCUUAUAACAACCACGUAAAUCCUCAGAUACAAUGGUACUCAUACGCUUCUAGCAAGGCAACCUUAGAGAGACACAUUUUUAAAAAAAAAAGCAAACUGUGCCCUUUUAAGAGAAACAUGGCGCCCUUGUGCCACAUAACAAUCCAUUUACAUUUCAUAUGAGUUAAAAAGAAAUUAACUUGUCCUAUUUCAGCUCAGAAAUCAUUUUGUUAUCCCGGUGUUCACAACAGCUAUCACUUAGGUUUGCGCUAUUGGAGUUAUCAGUUUGUUUUCUGUGUCACUGUUGCUCUUGUACAUUCAUAGAGCCAUAGCCUGUAUCCUGGAAAUCCCUGUUCUCAUCAGUAGAACAAGCUCUGUCACAUGUUUCUCCUACUUUGGGAUUCUAUGGUUUUUGUUAAUAAUGUAGGUCCUAAAACGACUAAACCGCCAUACGAUUCAUCCUUCCAAAUCAUAAUUAACUGUUUGCAGGGGUUGUUUUGAAUGUACGAAGAGUACCACAUGCUGUGGAAUUAAAGAUAACCUAAUAAAGUACACUGUUUACAGCCUGACAAUCUGGUACAGAUAUCUUGAAAUCCUUCUGUGUUUAAAAACAUCUCAUCUUGUACUAAAAUGCAAUGUCACUUCUUGUAGGUGGUACAUCCAAGUGAAUCAGCUGUAGGAGUUGUUUCAAGACAAAGAGUUUGGGUUCCACUUUGAGAAGGAAGUCCCACAUCUAGUAUUAAUAUAUCCCUGCUGUGUCAAAACUAUGUAUAAUUCUAUUCUGGAGUGAAGUAUUUCCUGCUGCUAUUUUUAAAAAUGGCAGUAUAAGAUGUGAAAUAAGCUUGAUAUGUUGAACGUGUGAGGGAGGAAAUUAAAUGUUUUUGAUAUUUAAAUCUUGUGUGGUGAAAAAAAAAAACUGUGACUGACUUUAAUGAGAUCAUAAUGACCCAAUUGAACAUUAUGCAGUAUUUAUGUUCAGCUUCAGAAUGUAACAGUUGAUGCUCUGUCAUAUAUAGACACCUGCGUGCCACCUGCAGUAGUCUAAAAGAGUUGUCACUUACUGUUUUUGCUUUUCCUUCCUGCAGGCAGCAUAACAUUUGUUACCGCAUAUGAAUUACGUUAGGAACAGUUUGGAUAAUUCUAUGAUCUGAAGCACUUGUAACCCUGUGAUUUCAAGAGUUCUUGAGAUGGAAGAGCGACUAAUCAGAUGAAAUAAAAAGAUCUUUAUGCGUGUCA